AUGUUUUCUAGCUCUGACGAUGGCAGUCACAUGACGGACGAAAGCUCAGCACGGAGACAUUGGGGUCGUAGGAUAGUGAGCCUGGGUUUUCUUCGCAUAGUUCAACAGACAAAAGCACAAGGCAACCCUCCUGUGGUAUCCGAUGCGGCUAAUCUACGAAUCCCUUCAAACCGCCUUCUCAAACUAAAUGAAAGAUACGCCAGUAUCUCACCAGAAGACGUCGGCCGGCUCUCAUUGAACUGCAAUCCACGGGAUAUCCUCCAACAUUUGGGGCGAAGAUGGGCCGAGCUUUCGUUUGUCAGAACUGAGAAUCAUUCUUACAAAGGCCUUAAGUUAGCAAUAAUUUAA